AUGCACUCCCUAUACCUCAAUCUUGAGAGGUUUAUCACGAAAAAUGGCCUCUCUGAUUACUAUCCCACAGGCGCAUAUUACCCGCAAAGGGUUGCUGUGAAGUCAAUGCAGCUGAAAGACGACCGUAUGUCGAAUUUCAAGGGGAAAGACAUCUUUUCACUCGCCAAAUUGGCUCUUCACCGGCUGGUCUUUUACUGUGACGACAGCACCUCCAUGAAAUGUGGUACUCGUUGGCGUGACCAGCUGAGAAUUGUCUCCCAUAUGGCGCGGAUUUAUGAGCUUGUAGUGCCCGAACCACCCGAGAUUUGUCUGCAAUUCCUCAACCACAGAACCCAAGCUGAGUGCACUACUACUGGAGAACUGGAAGAAGUCUUUGCAAGGGUUGAGCCUCGGGGAAACACUAAGGUUGGCAGAAACUUGCGGCGCAAGAUACUCGAUCCAUGGGUUUAUGAUCCCAUUGCUCAAGGCAGGAAGCUGGAGAGACCCAUUAUCGUAUAUUGUCUCAUAGACGGCUGCGAGACUGGAGAGCCUAGAAAUGAGUUAAGAGACCAGAUCAUAGGAUGCGCAGAGUUGCUUGACAAGUACGGCUACGGCAGAAACACGGUCAUGUUCCAGAUCAGUCAGAUUGGCAAUGACUCUAGUGCCGAAUCCUUUCUCGAAGAACUCCGUAACGACCCGGUACUCGAUGGGCUGCUAUGGUGUACGACUGAGCGUCUCGAUGAGAAAUACAAAGAAUUAUCCGAAGAUGAAGCUGAGCUGGAACAUUGGGUACGUUGGCAUCCAGUGUAG